UUUAUUUAUUUUUGAUAACAGCAGUCCUUGUUAUCCUUGCAAGUUGCAACUAUAUGACUGGUUAUGAAAAAAUGCAUGGUAGAGAGGAAAAGCGACACCUGCCUAAAAACGAAGAAGACAAUGAUACAUGUCAGUGCUUGAGUGCCGUGGCCAGCUGAAUUGCUUUAUAUCAAGAAGCCCGUCUAUUAUAUAAAUCAAGCAUAUACAACGUACAAGAUCCUCCUAUCCUACGCCAUGGAACUGCAUGAUUCAAGAGGCUUAUUUACCAUUUUCUUCGGUCUCCUCUUAUUUCUCUUUGUUGUUUCAUCCUUAUGGAGGAGGCGCAGUGUGGAAAAUAGAAAAGCACCACCAGAAGCAAGUGGCGCGUGGCCUUUGAUUGGCCAUCUCCACCUUUUAGGUGGAUCACAACCACCUCAUGUGACGUUGGGAAACAUGGUGGAUAAAUAUGGCCCCAUCUUCACCUUGCGUCUUGGUGUUCACAAAACCUUGGUUGUGAGCAAUUGGGAAAUGGCGAAACAGUGCUUCACCGUCAACGACAAAGCCUUUGCUAGUCGUCCUAAGUGUGUGGCCUUUGAAGUGUUGGGGUACAACUUUUCCAUGAUAGGGUUCAGCCCCUACGGUUCUUAUUGGUGUCAGGUGCGUAAAAUUGCCACGCUGGAGCUCCUCUCUGCUCACCGAAUAGAGAUGUUGAAGGACGUGAUGGAGUCGGAAGUGAAGGCAGCGGUGAAAGAGAGUUACAAUGUUUGGUUAAAGAACAAAAACCAAAAGGUAGAGACCGAAAUGCAGAGAUGGUUUGGAGACAUAGUUUUGAACAUCAUGUUAAGAGCGGUGGUAGGAAAACGUUUUGUUGGUGGUGAUGAUGAUGGUGAGAGCGAACGGAUCCGAAACGCAGUGAGGGAGUUGUUUGAUCUUAGUGGUUCAUUUGCUAUCUCCGAUGCUCUGCCGUAUUUGAGAUGGUUGGAUUUGGAUGGACAAGAGAAGAAAAUGAAAAGAACGGCGAAAGAGUUGGAUGAGUUUUAUCAAGUUUGGCUCGAAGAACACAAACGGAACAGAAAAUGUGGUUCGAAUGGACGGAAAGAUCUGGACUUGAUGGACGUGCUUCUUAGCGUUGUUGACGACGGUGAAGAAUUUGACGGUCGUGACGCCGAUACCACAAUCAAAGCUACAUGCCUGGUAUGUAUCACCAUUCAUCUAUCUUUCUGGAAAAAAGCCUUGAUUUUAGAAUAAUUAAACAUAUAUUUACUUCUUUUAAAAUCUUAU